AUGAAUCUUAUGUCUUUUUUCAAGAAGACGGACAAGUUGCAUGAUGCUACUAAACGAGUGAGGAAAGCAGCAAGUGGCGAUGCUAGUAACCAGGAGGCAGAGGCUAGCCCCGCAACAGGUGACCUGGUUCAUAGCCCGCCUGAGUGGGGGGCAGAUACAGCGCACCCGAUCAGCCAUCAUGUGGACCGCCACCAACAACCGGAGCAAGUGGCCAGUAUGGAGAUAUCAGCUAGCCAAUUACAGCAGCAAGAGGCGGGAACCACGACAUCAACGCGCUUCUUUCAUGAAGCGUCAGAAGGAGAGGAGCGCGCACUGAGCGGAGAGGAAUGUGGUUCAUCCAGCGACAGGUCAGGUGCGCAACUGUUUGGACUGCUGCUCAGUUCAAGGUGA